AUGGAGACGCAAAAUUUACAGGCCGCGUCCACCUAUGUCAACAACCUCCUACUGGCUCGGGGCUUACUGAAAAGUGGUCAAGCCAUUGACUUUGCCGAUCCAGAAAGCAAUGAGGGUGGCAUCGAUGCCACGAUGGCGCGAGUCAUCAACCUGGUCAAUGAUCUGGUGUUGAGAAGAGACGGCAAACUGAAAACGAAAAACUCGGAGCUGUCGCGAUCACUGGCACUGGCUGAAGCUUCAGAACGCGCACUCAAAGCUAACAUAACGGGCGCCGAGACUACAAUUCGUGGGCUUAAAGAGAAGGUUCAAAGGAUGAAGUCAACUGUGCAGCAGGUUCGGGCUCAAUGCGCCAACGAUAUUCGCAAGCGGGACCUCGAGAUGCAGAGGCUCAAAUCGCACCUCGCAGAGCGGCAACGAGGGAAGCGGGAAGGGUUGGGUGUCACAACCAUCAACAUAAACCCUGCGACGAAAGGAGCCUCGCAUUCAAAAUCCAGUGGUGGAGGGCGCAUUGAAGAUCCCGGGUACUCUUUGACGCAGGAGACCACCGAAUUCCUGACAGAACUAUGCCAGAACCUCAGCAACGAGAACGACGCGUUGAUCGAGCUUGCGCGAAACACCGUGAACACACUGAAGGAGCUACAAGGGCUGUCGGAAUCGGAGGGAAAGGAUCAGGAUGGCGAAACAAUGGGGAUGGCUGCGAGUGCCAAUUAUUCCAAUCCGGAUCCGACGGUUGUUUCGCUCCCGACGUCAUACGAAGAGCUGUCCGCGCGUAUGGACGAUGUUUUGGAGCAUUUGCGAACGCUUUUGACCAAUCCCUCAUUUGUACCGCUUGAAGAAGUUGAGAUGAGAGACCAGGAGAUCGGUCGACUGCGGGAGGGUUGGGAGAAGAUGGAGAGCCGCUGGAAGCAAGCAGUGUCUAUGAUGGAUGGAUGGCAGCGACGAAUGACAGAUGGAGGCGACACGGUGGGAGUGGAGGAAAGGAAGCGCGGCAUGACUCUGGAUUUGAGCUUCAUGGCCACCGAGGAAUCCACUGCUCAGCAAAGUCGAUUGGAAUCCAGCAACAUCUCACCAAUUCUGGAAGAUCAACAAGAAGAAGAUGUCGAGCAAGGGAUCAGCGAGGCAAAGACAAAGACUCAGGAGCAAGUACGGGAAGCACCAGAUUCCUCCAAGUCUCGUUCAAAGGUCCGCAGAGUGCCAGGACGGUCGGAUCGAGCCUUGCGAGAGCGCAGCGAUAAUGCCGUUGCAAGGCCCCGGCGGCUGCGCAAAGUCUCUUUCACUCCUGGACUCCACGGAUCUCCUGCCGAGCCCCCAAAUAACGACGAAGAGACUCUGCUGAUCAAGGCGCACAAGGCGGAAACCGUGACCCGGAGGCCGUCGAGACGAAAGACCGAGUCAAGUUUAUCUCGCCAGGCCAAAGCAAGCGACCUCGAGCUGAGUGUCUCCCAAAAAUUGGCCGCCGUUGAGGACGAAGCCCGCCUGGCGGAACAAUCGCGCAAAGAACGCGAAACACGCAAACGAAGCCGGCCCGAGAAGGCGGCCAGCCGAGCUGGUACUCGGCGGCGUAGUACUCUAACAAGUGACGAACUGGAGGAUCUAAUGGGUGUUCCUUCGCGUUAA